CCAUAUUAAACUAAUUGCACCACGUCAGGAUGAGGACGUGUUUGUGAAUAGAAAGAAAACCCACUCCAUCAAUACCCAGAUUGUGUUCGAUGCAAACUUCACAAUUCUCGAUGUUGUUGCAAAGUGGCCCGGAUCCACUCAUGACUCGAGGAUAUUGAUGGAAAGUGGUCUGAGGCAACUGUUUGAGAGACAUCAUGUGCCAGCUGGAUGUCACUUGGUGGGGGACAGUGGCUAUCCCUGUAAGUCGUGGCUCCUUACACCUUACCUCCGUCCACAAGUGGGACCACAGUUAAAUUACAAUAGAGCACACAAGAAGACACGCAGCGUGGUGGAAAGGGGGAUUGGACAGCUAAAGCGACGUUUCCACGUUUUACAUAGUGAAAUCCUCCUUAGUCCAGAGAAGACGAGUAAAGUGAUCACUGUGUGUGCGCUUCUUCACAACCUGUGCCGGCAAAGGAACAUACCACAGACAGAAGAUGGUGAUGAGUUUGACGAUGAUGAUGAUGAUAAUGAUGAUGAACACAGAGAAUUUGUUGAUGAAGUGGAACAAUGUGGACUGGCAUUCAGGGAUCACUUUGUCUAUACACACUUUAGGGGUGAUGGCUUUGCACCAGCAGCAGGACUGAGGGGAGAGGCAGGUGAUGGGAUUGUGGAAGAGGAAGCUGGAAGAGGUGCAGUAAGAGGAAGAGGUGCAGUAAGAGGAAGAGGUGCUGGAAGAGGUGCAGUAAGAGGAAGAGGUGCAGUAAGAGGAAGAGGUGCUGGAAGAGGAAGAGGUGCAGGAAGAGGUGCAGUAAGAGGAAGAGGUGCAGUAAGAGGAAGAGUUGCAGGAAGAGGUAAUGGAAGAGGAAGAGGUGCAGGAAGAGGUGCUGGAAGAGGAAGAGGUGCAGGAAGAGGUGCUGGAAGAGGAAGAGGUGCAGGAAGAGGUGCUGGAAGAGAUGCAGUAAGAGGAAGAGGUGCAGUAAGAGGAAGAGGUGCUGGAAGAGGUGCAGUAAGAGGAAGAGGUGCAGGAAGAGGUGCAGUAAGAGGAAGAGGUGCAGGAAGAGGUGCUGGAAGAGGAAGAGGUGCAGUAAGAGGAAGAGGUGCAGGAAGAGGUGCUGGAAGAGGAAGAGGUGCAGUAAGAGGAAGAGGUGCAGUAAGAGGAAGAGGUGCAGUAAGAGGAAGAGGUGCUGGAAGAGGAAAAUUACUUGCAUCUGAAGGACCUGGGUUUCCAUUUGGCCUGUAAAUUAUAGCCUGUUAAACCACUUAUAAUUUGUGAACAG